UUUAACCCAUGCGUUGCUGUAGAAGUCAUUAAAAUGAUGGCUUUACACUGUGCGCGCUCCCGCGAGGCGCAAGCACGACUCGGCCUAAUUGGGUACAACACAACACCUGUAGCAGAGUAGAGAACAACUGAAGACAGGUCCUCAGCUUGAAAUGAAUGAAAUGACAGAAGGGCCCAGCAGGUGUGCCAGCCAAGAGACAUCUCCACCUGCUUCCAGCUCUCCUCUGUCGUCUCCCAGCUGCAGCUCCACCCAAACAUGGCUGCCAGCCGAAUCCCCUUUGCGGCCUCCCUGGAUGAAUGAUCGUCAAAUGGAGCAGGACCAGCACUACGUCGAGAUGCAGUCGAGUCCUCCGUCUCGUUUCUACGAGGAGCUCUUCUGCACCCGCCGGGCCUCCAGCGCUCUGGUCCCUCUGGCCGGCGCCCUCAUGACCUCCUCCUCCGGGCCGCAGAGCGAUGUGGUGAAACAAAGUUACCUGGGGAAGCUGGAGCGGAACCACAGAAGAUAUUUUGUCCUGAGAGCAGGAAGUCACACCGGGCCGAGCCGACUCGAGUGGUACAAGAGCCAGGAGAAGUUCACAGCGAUGGAGAAGCCUGCUGGUGGAGCUACGCUGUUUGGCUCGAACAAGCAAGGGGUGAUUUACCUGAGGUACUGUCUCGGUGUGAGCCGGAGUGGCAGUUCCAGGAAAGGCCACACGGUGGCGCUGUAUGCCAAGGAUCAAACCAUGGUACUAUCGGUGGAGGACCAGGGGGAACAAGAAGAGUGGUAUCUGGCCAUUAAGAAACUGAUGGAGGAAGAGCGGAAGGAUGAAGAGCACGGAGAAGGGUUUGAAGAAGAGGAUGACGGGUAUUGCACUCUGCCCCCUGCUGCUUUCUUCAAAGAGGUUUGGCCCGUCAUGGUGAAGCCCAGAGGUCUGGGCUGUUCCACGUCUCUGGCGGGGGAGAGCCGGCUCUGCCUCACAGCUACGUCUCUCAUCCUGAUCAGAGUGGCCGCAUGCAGUGAUUUGCAGUCGGUCACUAUGCCUUUGCUGAGUAUUCGUCGCUUUGGCCACUUGGACGGUUCGUUCUUCUUGGAGCUCGGCAGGUCGGCACCAAACGGUCCCGGAGAGAUCUGGAUGGAAGCAAGAGACCAAGGAAACCCAGCAGUAGCCCAGCACAUUCAUGAGUUGGUUCGUGAGACAGUAAGGGCACUACGAGCUCUUCCUGACUUCAGCCGGUCACCGACCUCCAACAAUCAGCUUCACACCUUUCUGACCUCAAAACGCUGCAGACCCAAAUACAGAGACAGGCUGAAUGUGAGACCUCUUGGUUCUCACGUUCGUUCCCUGCCCCCCAGAUACCCUGAAACCCAGACAAGUCCAACUAAAUGUUACCUUGAGCCCCACAAACCAGAGCCUGAAUCCACUCUGAGCUCCACCUCACAUCUCAGCCCUUUCAGAUCCCGUCAGUCUGAGACUGGCAGCUACAUGGAAAUGAAGAUGGACCAUCAGCUCCCAGUGAACAAAGGGAGGGAAAACGACUGCGGAAGACCUGCCGUGGUGACAGGGGACCACGGCGGUGUUGCAGCCUGCGGGAUGGAGGGCUGGGAGUCAGAUGAGGAGCAGAGGCUGGGGUACAUGAUGAUGUCGCUACAGGUAAGCCCCAGCUCGUCUGUGCUGCCUCAGGACGACUAUGUGACCAUGGCGAGCCCUCAUAAACACAAGUGGCCAGCUUACUCUUCACCCUCCUCUUCCCCGCAGACAUCAUUCAACAGCUCCACCUCAGACAGCUCCUCUCCUCUGCACCCGUCACAUCAUCAUCAGACCAAUGAGCGCAGUCAGCCCCACUGGCUGGUGACCUCAGUCCAACAGUCAGAAACAGAAGCUGGCCAAUCACAGAUGAGCAUCAGCAGCUCCACCGAACCACAGGAUGAUGCAAGGCAGGAGCCGGCCAAGCAGAGACGACUCCCAGCACAGACCAGGGCCUCUUCGUCUCCCGUGAGGACUGUUGAUGGGUCUGGCGUGAUGACUCCGUUUGUCGCAGGUGGACCAGGCUAUUCCAGGCCAGUCCAGGCUAGUCCGAUCUCAGGUACAAGCCGGUCUGGUCGAGCUGCAUCAGAACAAUCUGUUAGAAGAUACCGGCUGUCUUUGUGUCUGCCUGCUUGCCUGCAAGCUGAGGACAGAAACUGAGUCUUUGUAAUUCAUCGUUUCGUUUACAUCACUAAUCUAAAAAGGUGACGUAGUUAAAAAAGUAAGAAUAAUUGAUUUAAAUAUUUCUAUGUGACUGGCACUUGUUGCGCUUAAUCACUUGCUGUGGCAACGCACAUGCAUAGAGAAAACAGGGCUUUAAAGUCUUACAUUGAAUAGAGUAUACGUUGAAAUUAAAGUUGUCUUAUUGACAGUUUUAGUCAGUUAUUUGUGUGUAAACGCGGUUAGUGUUUGGUUUCAGUUUGCCCCUUUUUGUCAAUUUGUUUCUCUGUUGGUGUGUUCUAAAUCAAGCCUUGGUUUUUUGUCUAAACCACACUUAAAGAUGCUCCACUGUUAUAUGAAAGAAUUAAAAGAAUAAAGUCACAUGAUUGCACAUUC